UCACGGCGCAGGCGCAUAAGACGCGUGGCGCCGCUCGAGGUGGAGGCACGCUGAUUUCAGGUGUCCGCGCGGGUCCCUGGCGCGGCGUGGGGUCCCUGCGGCGCCGGCGUCAUGUCCGAUAACGAGGACAAUUUUGAUGGUGAUGACUUCGAUGAUGUGGAGGAGGACGAAGGGCUAGGUGACCUGGAGAAUGCCGAGGAGGAGGGCCAGGAGAACGUUGAGAUCCUCCCCUCUGGAGAGCGGCCGCAGGCCAACCAGAAGCGAAUCACCACGCCGUACAUGACCAAGUAUGAGCGAGCCCGCGUGCUGGGCACCCGCGCCCUCCAGAUCGCGAUGUGUGCCCCCGUGAUGGUGGAGUUGGAGGGGGAGACCGAUCCCUUGCUCAUCGCCAUGAAAGAGCUCAAGGCCCGAAAGAUCCCCAUCAUCAUCCGCCGCUACCUGCCGGACGGGAGCUACGAGGACUGGGGGGUAGACGAGCUCAUCAUCACCGACUGAGCUGGAGUCGCCUUCCUGACUGUGCCUCACCCUGCUUUUGGUUUUCGUGCUCUUGAUACAUGUAAAUAAUAAACUGUUGGACCUUUCA